UAAAUUACAAGGUGACAGAUUUCGGCGCCGUACUCAUUGCUUCCAGCUUGUUUCCUAUACCUAGGCCGUUGUGUGCUGUGUCCGAUAGGCUUCAAACAUGUAUGCCUGUGCUAAGUUUGUCACCUCACCUGCUGUGCUCCGCGGCGGCUCCAGGGUUCUGGCGCGGCCUGUUUCAGUGUCUUUGUUCAACAGACCUGAAGCAAGAAGUGAGCAGACAGCUCUAUUGCCAGUCAGCGAGGCAUCCCUUCUUAAUAUAGCCCGGGGGUUCCAGACCAGUGCUGUAUCCAGAGACAUUGACACAGCAGCCAAGUUCAUUGGUGCUGGUGCUGCCACGGUGGGUGUGGCCGGAUCAGGAGCUGGAAUCGGAACGGUGUUCGGCAGUCUCAUUAUCGGCUAUGCCAGGAACCCUUCUCUGAAACAGCAGCUCUUCUCCUACGCCAUUUUGGGCUUCGCUUUGUCUGAGGCCAUGGGUCUGUUCUGUCUGAUGGUGGCGUUCCUCAUCCUGUUCGCCAUGUGAAUUUUAGCUAUCUUCUCUCUCACACACAGUCAACUAACUUCUGGAGAUUGGAACUCUACACACAGCUUAGACCAUGGCGAUGCCAUUCCAACAAAAUUAUCCCGUUUUAUGUUUCCCAGUACCAUUUUUCUUUUUCUGAAAGUUUUAUGUAAGAACUCUUCACAGACCAUCAGAAUAAAAACUUGAAAUCUG